UCAUCCUCGUUCGCCGAGAAUGAGGCGACACUAUCACCUCGGUGAUCGUAGCUGGCUGGGAAAUCCCUGACUGCUAUUAGGCUAAUCUCCCGGCCGGGAUCGUGAGCUCCAGGGUGACCUCUGCGCGCUCUCGGUUGACCCCGGCGCUCUGACAGAGGUGACCCACCUCGCUGCCUGGCUCCGGUGGCGGCCGUUCUGCCGAACUGUGCGGAAAUCCCGCGGAUCCCCGCCGCUCGCGCUGACCGCGGACCGGUGCGUCCGGCCGAGCGGCGCGCGCGGCGGCACCGGGUGCGCCCUCGCCGCCACUCGCCGACCCGCCGCCGUCCAGCCGCCAUGACGGCCCGCUCGCUGCUGGUUAUCGCGGUGCUGCUGGCUGCUGCAGCGGACACCGGCGCCUCUCCCGCCCCUCAGCCGGCCGGGGUCAUCAUCGGGUCGGUUUUGAAGGUAGCGCAGAAAACGAAGCCGACGACUGUGACCGUGACGGAUGGCGACAAGAAACCGUCAGUGUUCAGAGCCAUAGACUCGUCAAAAGUCGGGUCUGUCACUGUGCAACCCUCGACGAGUGCUACGAAGAGCCCCACUAGCUCGCCGACAACCAAGCCUCGCAGCCAGCCAGCACGAAAACAAACCACGGUAACGGCGAGUGGCAAAUCCACAACGGAAUCGACGACGAGAUCAACGGUAUUGUCGGUAUCGACGACUGCCCGUCCGACGACGACAGGGGCGACGACGGAGCCGACGCCGGCGGCAGUGCCGACCACCGCCGCCCCGGUGACGGAGAGGACAACGACGCAGAGCCGCCGGACCACGACCGCGCCCGCGUUCAUCGCCGACGAGGUGAUCUUCGCGCCAGUCUGCGCUCUCAUGGCAGACUCGUCGCUAAAGACGCGCAAAUUCACCCGUAACUACCUGCACGGUGUGACGACGUGUCGCUGUCAGAGCCGCAAGAAGGCCGGCUGUCUGGUGACCACGCUGUACCCCACCGUUCGACCUGGCUCGGCCUCGGCCGCCCACGCCCAGGAGCAGAGUGACGUGGGCAGCGCGGCCUCCAGCGUCCUCGCCGCCAACAUCUGGGCGAUGCGCCACGAAUGUGAGCGCCGCGCCCUGGCCGGCGCCGUCUGUCAUUUCGGGCUGUCCAACAAGGAGCCGGUCUGUGACUGCUCCGUGGAGGUGUAAAUAGACUUACUUCUGCUCUGUGGAGGUGUGAUGUAAUGUGCAGCGCGGAGGCUGUCGGUGUGAAGAAGUGUUUUGUGGUAUUGUACCUAAGCGGUGGGACAGCUGCGUGAAACUACAAAACACGUGAGUAAUUACAGUUAGAGACAUUGUGAAUACGUUGCACUUCAUAUGAAACCAUCAAAUUAUGAUUGUUAUUCAUGAACGUUAUUUUCAGCAUUAGGUAAGUAAGCAUUACCAUAAUUCGCUCAAUAUAUCAAAAUGUAGGUACACUGAAAGAAAAGUACACCUUGGUAAUUUGAAUUUGAUUAUUAUACACCGCCAUUACACCGAAAUCAAGAAUAUUUAUACCCUUGUUCGACGUAUAUGGAGAAUAAAAUAAUGCUCCGGUGCGAAUGUACUCUGUCACGAGCGUAUUCUUGGGGGUUAAUUCAAUCGAGUUUAACACUCAUGGUGCAAUUCUAAUUUUUGAGAUAUUUACCCCUCUAAUUGAUGGAUGGUAAAAUUACUACUAUAGUGUAUUUUCUUCAAGUUGGAUAAGAAUACCCAUCUGAUAGCAUAAAUUUGCACUCUGAUUUGUCAGCUGAUAAUUCAACCCUCAUCAUGGUGUAAAUAUGCAUCCUUGGUAAAGUGUGUUUCGAUGAGGAUGGUGUUAUUUUAUGACAAGGAUUUAAAAUACCCUAAACAUGAUAGUUCUGCACCCAUAUGCUCAUUAUUUUACGAUAGCGUCCACGUGCGGCUCGCGAGCCUUCCGUUUCCGCCAUUUUCAUUUUUGUGUCUGCUCCGGACCGGAGCCACGGAGACUUCUGGCGCUUGCAAGUGAUCUUCUGGCGGUUGAAACAGUGAGAUAGGUGCGAGUGUGCUGGUGUGUUCGGUGUGGUCAUGACUAGUGCUGGACCCAUUUCCGAAUAACUUUGAGGGUAAGUUGACUUGAUAAUGUUUCGAUGUAGCAGUUGAUGAAAUUGAUUUGCUGCUGUCUGUAUGCACGUCACUCACUUAGCUGUUUGUGUCAAUACGUGGCAUUCUGAUUAGUGAUUCCAGAAGCUCAAAUUGACCCUCUCAGUUUGUUCUCAAGGGCAAAUUGAGAAAUCAGUUAAGUACCUACUGAGGUUGUUAACUGUAACUUCAUCAAAUGUUCAAUGUGUCGAUUGAUCAAUAUAUGUUUAGGUAUGUUUAGUAAUUUCAUUUCUCUACGUUUUACAAAAGUACUAGAAUCUUGGCCUGAAAAAGUUGCUAAUUUAUUUUGUGUAUUACUUUCAGGUUUGGGGUGACCUGGCUCUCGUCGUGGGUCACGCCGGCGAGAAUGGCAUUAGGACAAAGUCACCUCAAUGACGCGACAGGCGUGCUACACCGCACAACUCCUGCCUCCGGAGGGCGCCACACCCGUUGAAGAUGACGACCUGGCGGCCACCUUGGUGAUCGGUGGCGGCACGACGAUUUCGGAGCUGCAGGAUGGGCGCAACUCUGUGUCCGUUCACCCAGAAACCCAGUGCCUGGUCAGCGAUGUGAAAUAUCGUCUCCCAAACAGUGAGAUGAAGAUGCUGGCUGCCUUCGCUGCGGCGCACGCUGUGCUAUAUUUGCCUUUUAGAGGGCCCAGCAUGAUCCUUUUUGAGGUCAUAUAUGCACGGGUUAUGAAGUUCGCGAUUCCUCUCAGUGCGGCCGAGAAUGCCAUCCUUCGUAUAAUCCACUGUUGCCGAUUCAGAGGCACCAGUGCAGUGGUCGGGUGACCGAGCAGGGCCCUGUUUCACGGCACGGCACUACUGUGCGCUACUAGUAUCGCGGUAUUGAGUUUCCAUAGAAACAUCUACAAACUUGGACGCUCCAACAUUGAGAGCGUUCGAGUAUGUGGAUGUUUCCAAUAGGAACUCAGCACCGCGAUACACGUAACGCACUGUAGUGUCGUGCCGUGAAACAUCUUCAGUACCUAGGUAUAGGCACUGAAGAUGAUGUGAGUUGAGAAGGCCUCAGUCAGUUUUUUUUUACGGAGUUUUUGUUGUCAGUGCUUUCCUAGUUCGUACACCUGUGCUUUGAUUUCAGAGACCGUACGUUUGGUGUCGAUACCAGGGGGAAGCACUCGCCUUGGCCGUAUAUGGGCCAGAAUGUCUAACGAUUUCGGCCAUGUUGUGUAUACCAAAGUCUUGAAAAGUUGAUCGCUGCAAUCAAACUGCAAGCAUGAAGCAGCAGCACUUUUGAGAAGUGUACCUCUCACUAAACUGCACCUCUGCUACCGUAAUGCAAUUUAUAUUUCUGGUAUACACAACAUGGCGGAAAUCGAUAGACAAAAACAAGCCACCAAUGGUCCUUCCAGUAUAUAUUAGAGUUCAGUGGUCGAUACUCGUUACACGAAGAAGUGCUCAGUUGUUUUUAAAGUACACGAUGAAACGUGACUUAGUGACCUGAUGACCUGUGCUGUGAAUAAAAUGUGAUUUGUGCAGCUUGUGAUAUCCUCAGGGAAGUCAGUGUUGGGAGGAACCAAUCUGUAGCAACCUGUGAUCUGUCGUUUCAAGUUAUUUUAAAUAAACAACACGUUGGAGAGAUGCACCAUAGUUGACUUUAUCGAAAGUGCUCAGAAGACGACAGUAGAUACAAUCACGCUGGGGGAUAGUUAUGGCUGGCGAUGUAUAUUUACCCAGUCGUAUUUUUACUCCCUCUGGAAAAGAACAUACAAUUAUUAUCGUUUACUUUUGUUUUGUAUGCGGAUUAUAACGUGAGCUACUUUUACAUCUUGACUUAAAUUGUACACAUUCAGCUUCGCAGCCCGCUGGUAUUUCUACACCAUGUCGCAAGGCGUAGAAAUUGUUUUGGCUUAAAUUGCACUGUGGCGUAAAAAUAUUAUCGUAAAUUACAUGCUUAAUUCUUCCUAACGCCCCUUUACACCCUUUACCUAGGGGUGUAAAAUGAAUUGAUUUGGGGUGGAGAUUUGUGUACCGUACUUUUAUUCCGCAACGGGUGUAGUUCUAAGCUUACGAAGAUAUAUUACUUACUACCGGGUGGCAGAAUUAAUCUCCAAUUGUCCAUGCAAACAUCUUUUACUCUGGCAUAAAAUGAAGUUAAAAGGGGUGGAGAUUUGUGUACCGUAAUAAUAUUCCAAUUUCAGGUGUAGUUUUUCUUUCAGUGUAGCCUUACGCUUAUUAAACUGUUGUGUACAUUUUACGUCACCGCUUACUUCAACUAUGCCCAUUUGUAGCGAUUUAAUUAUCAUGAGGCUGAGUUAUAGGCCUGGGCGGUAAUGGCGGACGUCUUGUGAGGUUUGCUUCCUAUUAGUCACAUCGUGUUUUGAGGGACAUUGUUGUCAAUCGUGAAAAAACACUCAUGUAAAUGGACAUACGAGUGGCACGUUUUGUGGCACGUGAUGACGUUGUCAAUGCGUUAUAAAAGUGGAUAUGGACAAUACACGAAACGAAAGGUGAAAA